AUGUCAUAUGCCAACACAGGUGAAAAGGUGGACGUUGAGAAAGUGGAAGACUGCCAUGAUGCAUCUGCCGAUAAGCAUUCCGCUCCAGCUCGAGCUGUCGAUGCCUUUACGCCCAACGAGAUUAAGCGUGUAGUCCGCAAGCUUGACUUUCGCCUCAUGCCCCUUUGCUUCAUUUUAUACACUUUUUCUGUGCUUGACCGAUCGAACCUUGGAAAUGCAAAGCUGGCGGGCCUGGAGGAUGACAUUAAUCUCUCUGGCAAGCGGUACCAAUGGCUAGGAACCGCAUUUUAUAUCGCCUACAUCAUCUUUCAAUUCACUACUCUAGGAUGGAAACUAUUCCCACCUCACCGAUGGGUUGCCCUCGUUGUUUUUUUCUGGGGUACUGCCAGUACACUCCAAGCAGUAUGUACCUCAUGGGCCGGAUUGAUGGCCUGCAGGUUCAUGCUGGGCAUCGCCGAGACCAUGUUUGGUCCUGGCGUGCCCCUCUACAUGUCCUUCUUUUACCCACGCGAAUACAUGGGUGUUCGCUUUGGCAUCUUUCUGUCCGGAGCUGCUUUGGCGAAUGCAUACGGUGGCGCUCUUGCAUAUGGUUUGUCGCAUGUUCACUCGUCUGUCAGUAAUUGGAGGUUUCUGUUCAUAAUUGAAGGUGUUCCAACUGCGCUUUUGGCCAUAGUCUGCUGGUUCCAUCUUCCCGACAGCCCAAACAAGGCCAAAUCUCUGUCUUUCGAGGAAAAGCGAAUCGCUCAGGCGCUGGCCACGAGCCAGCCUGGAGAGGAAGCUCCAAGCGAAGGAGGUUUGCACUGGAAUCAUCUCGCUGAUGCAUUCAAAGAUUACCGAAAUUGGCUCUUUGCCAUUAGUAAUUUCAGCACCAAUGUCUCGUUUGCCUCACUCCCGCUCUUCUUACCGACCAUCAUCUCCGAGAUGGGAACAUUCGACACCCUCACCGCUAAUGGCCUCUCGGCUCCGCCAUAUGCUCUUGCCUUCUUGGCCAUUAUCGGCUGUGCUUUUCUAUCCGACUACCUGCGCACGCGUGGUCCCAUUGCCGUCUUCUUUGCACUUGUGGCCUCGGCUGGAUACCUUAUCCUGGCUCUUUCCGAUGGUGCUGCUCCUCGAUACGUGGGCAUUUUUCUAGUCGUGCUCAUAUUCGUGACGGUGUCGACAGUGCUGGUAUGGAACGUGAAUACGAAUGAAUCUGGAAGCAAGCGUGCCGGUGGUCUAUGGAUCAUCAUGACCGUUGGCCAAUGCGGGACCCUUCUUGGGACCAACAUGUUUCCGUCCAAUGAAGCGCCCUAUUACAGACGAGGCAUGUGGAUCGGCUUUGCCUUUUCCAUGUUGUCAGCUUGCGUUUGUGGACUUUUGAGCUUUGUUCUGUGGAGAGAAAAUCGGAGACGUGAUCGGUUGCACGGUUCUGGUGAAGGAGUAUCGGAUGACAACCAAGACGUGCGUGAGACUGUUGUUCGCUAUAUCAUAUGA